UCGUCUGCGCUUACCAGUGUCAGUAGGUAUUUUGUCUUUCCCCACAACACACGCGCGGGGAUGUAGUUCGUUCCGAUAAAACAACGUGUUCGUUCCAUCGUUGGUUUUGGUUUUUAUUUUAUUCGCCUUUUAUCUCGAGAAGAAAAAGAAGCAAGAAAAAAAAUGAUUUACUUCCUGGAAAAUUCAUCGAUCAUUUACUUCGAAGAUCGGAACACACGUGAGGGAUUCUUUGUGAAACGAUUCCAUGGUGGAGAAAACGAUUUUGAUUUUUCAUUCUAAAAGAUUUCGUUUGGUUUUUUUCUGCCUUGCUUCGAUGCGGAGGAGAAAUUUUUAAUCAAGAGUUAUUUUCUUCGGAAUUCUUUUUUUAAUUAAUCGCUCCAAUUGAUGAGGCGUAUUUGACAGGAUUAUGACAACCCUUUUAAUUGGUGCUUUUACAAUAGUUUGAGCUUCCUUGAUACAACGUUUUACAUAUUUCAUCACCACUAGUCUUCACCGCGUGUGAUUCAAAUUUUUGUAAUUUGAUAUUUAUUUUUAAUAGCACACGAACUAGCACUAGAAUUUAUAAAACGGGACCAAUUGUAGCUUUGAGCUCGUGAUUUGUUUUAUAGUUAAUAACAACGAGAAACAACGUGCACACUAUUUUAUAACAGAUCAUAGAACUUGCAUUUAUUCUAUUUUUAAGUUAAAAGAAUAUAUCAGUGACACAAGUGUUCCUUUUUUUGUCUCACUGUUUAAUGAUAUUCUGUGGAAUUUUUACCGAAGAAAAAGGUCAAAAGUCAAGCUGGAGGCGAUCGCUGGAUACAGUGGCGACAAUAACAAUACUUCUCUGACAAAAAUGACCGCUAAAAAACCCAAAAGGAAAAGUGCCAUAGAGGCAAGGCGAAGAUCCGGCAGUACAUCGCAUUCCAUUAGUCGAAUACAGCUGUCCCUCCUAAAUAGUGGUCUGCUGCCCAUGAAUGAGGAUGAAAAACUCAUGUCGCUCAUUCCUAAAAAUCCUAUAGAACUUUCGGCUUAUUCGAAACAUGUUAACCUGCUCAGAAAAUAUGAAGUGCUUGCCAAGAUCGAAUAUCAGAUUGCCACCAAAGGUGAGAGCCACAGUACUAGACAUGCCACCAAAGAAGCGAACGAACUCAAGAACAGUUAUAAGAAAAUGAUCCCAUAUGAUUACAAUCGAGUAGUAUUAGAAGCCCUUCCAGGUAUUCCUGAUUCAGAUUACAUCAAUGCAUCCUUCAUCGAUGGCAUUUUAAAACCAAACGCUUACAUCGCUACUCAGGGUCCAAAUGAGCAUACUAUAAGCGAUUUCUGGAGAGCAGUAUGGGAGCAGAAUUCUCACGUCAUUGUCAUGCUCACAAAAGUCUUCGACUUCAUUAGGGUGAUGUGUGACAGGUAUUGGCCCAUCGAACUUGACCAUCCAGAGAAGUACGGGGACAUCGAGGUGACUCUUCUGUCCGAGACGGACCUUGCCAACUACAACAUUCGGAGCAUGCAAAUUAAAAAGGGUGAUGAAGUGAGGGAAUUGUCUCACCUUCACUACGUGGCAUGGCCCACCCACACCAAUCCAUUCCCUUGUUCUCUUCUGGAUUUCAGGAGGAGGGUCAAGAUGUACCUCAGCCGUUACACGGAGAACGGUCCUCUCAUCGUACACUGCAGCGACGGUUGUGGAAGAACAGGAGCUUACAUUUGUAUCGAUUCUAACCUGGACCUAGCAGACGAGGACAGUGUCUAUGAUGUCUACGGUUACGUUAAAAGUUUACGAAAUGCCAGGAGAGGCAUGAUUGAAGACGUGGGUCAGUAUAAGUUCAUCUACGAGGCUCUAGAAGAAGGUCUCAUCAGCGGUCAGACGUGGUUUCCAGUCUCUGAAAUUUCGCUACGACUGAAACAGAAAUCCGUCAAGAGCCAGAUCACGAGGCAAAAUGAAUACCAAAGGGAAUAUACGAAAAUCUGCAACACAUCUGCUAAGUUCACAAUAGGGGACAGAGCAGGAGGUCAUCGACUGGAGAAUAGGCAUAAGAACAGAACUAUUUCUACAGUACCUCCUGACAAUUUUAGACCCUAUUUAUCUUCAUUUCAAAGCAACGACAGUACGGAUUACAUAAAUGCCGUUUUUGUUGAUGGUUAUUUGCGUUCCAAGGAGUUCAUUGUGACAGAAUGGCCCAUGCAGCACACUGUUCCAGACUUUUGGUCCCUGGUAUAUGAUCAUGACUGUAAUUCCGUUGUCGUUUUGUGCGAUCAUCCUCCUUCCAGCAGCUAUCCUCAGUUCUAUCCUACUGAGAAGGAGAAAGUAAAGAAGUUCGGUCCUGUCUUCACAAUAGAGACCGUCUCCUUCAGCACUCUGCCCAACAUCAAAGCCUGGAUAUUCAAGAUACUCAAGAAAGUAGUUUCCUUGACGGAACUGAUGUCCGGCGUGAAAGCAGAACCUAAAACGACGCAGCUGUUCUUCAUCACUUGUUGGCCUCUGGGACAUAAAGUUCCCACCUCUACCAAUUCUCUUGUCGAGCUCAUGAACAUGGUGGAGAGAUGGAGGCAGAGGACAUCUUACGGACCAGUUCUCCUCGUCUCCAGCAAUGGUCGGAGUCGUGUGGGCGUGUACUGUGCAGCCAGCAUUGCUAUUGAGCAGGCCAUUGAGCACGAAGAAGUAGAUGUGUUUACAGCCGUGAAAGUGGUGAGGAGACAUCGGCCACAAUUGAUAGAGAACAUUGUAAGUACUUGGAAUAUUUCUUCUUGCAAAAUCAUGCUGAAAAUUAAAGCCCAGUUUAAUUUCACAUAAUAAGAAACACAUUUUUUAAGUAUAGAAUCCCAAAUAUUCUUGUACAUAUAGAUAAAUUAAACAAAACACCUAAGAAUGCUCUAAGCAGAUCAAUUAUAAUACUUUUACAGAGAAAAUAUGAGACUCAAAAUGCAAGUAGUUGUUUAACUGUUGACUUUUCAAACAAUCUGAGUUAUAGUCUUCAGUAUAAUAACUCUUUGAUAAAUAUUUAAUAUAACAGAACAGAUUGAAAUCUCAACUAACUUUAAUCACAUUAGAUUUGUUGUUUUUAGAAAUUUAGAAAGAAUUCUUACUGGAUCUGGUGAAACGGCUUACUUAAAUUGUACCAAUUAUAUUUUAAGUUUUAUGCUGAUUAUUUUACAUAAAUUCUCAAUUCAAUGAAUAAAAUCACAAUUACAGUUGGCACAGCGGUAAAAGACAUUUCCCAAUUCAAAUAGAUGUUUGUUAUUAAAACAUUUACUAUAAAUCGUUUGCUCAAAAAAAAAAAAAAAAAAAAAAAAAAAAAAAAAAAAAAAAAAAAAAAAAAAAAUCUUUAAAAUUGUUUUGGACAACUUAGAUUGCAGUUUCACGGGCUACAUGUUAAAGAAUUUUUAAAUCAACAAAUUUUUUUUAAAUAUAUAUAUUGAUUUUAAUUGGACAAAAUUGAAAAAAAAAAACUUAUUUUUUUUAUAGUUUACAAAAGAAAUGAAAUAUUUUAAAAAUUAUUUAAGGGGGCAUAUACACCAAGGUAGGUCGGAAAAAUUGAUUUUUCCCCCCAUCCAAUUAUGUUCUUCACUGUUUCAAGAAUCGUAAUCCAAAAGAUUAAAACGAAAUUCGUCAUAGUUUCAUUGCAAACAUUAACAAUGCUGAAGUGCGCCGAGUGCUCCAACAGGUUUAACCAGAGAUUGUACUUGCCAAAGUUUCUAAAAAACGCAUUACAUUUAUUAUUUAAAGAUUUUGAACACUUGAAUUAUUGAUGUAUUGCUCACUAUGAAAAAAAUAAAUGAGAAAACUAGCAUUAAAAACCUCAGUUUUAUUUUUUUUUUAAAAUAUUGAAAAAAAAUUUAC